GCGGGGCGGGAGCGGAGGCGCUGGCGCGGCCGUGAGGGGAGCGAGCCUGUCCCGCCUUCCUGGCGGAUCCCGGGACGAGCCUGGCGCUAGCGUGGCGGCUGUUGGCCCUCGGCUGAGCCUCUGGACCUCGGCUUGAGCCCCUGGCAACCGCCCGCCACCACCCGAACCCAGGGGGAGAUGGAUCUUCGCGCAGGAGGGAAGCAAAUGGAUCCCCUGCCCAAUCCAGCGCCCCUGGCCUCGAAGCUGCGGAACACGCUGGUUCGGUACCACAGCAUCGGAGACGGCGAGUGGCGAGUGGCGAAGAAAACCAAAGAUGCAACUGUAUGGCGUAAACCCUCUGAGGAAUUCAGUGGAUAYCUCUACAAAGCUCAAGGAGUGGUGGAAGAUGUUACUAACAGAAUAGUGGAUCAUAUUCGCCCUGGACCUUACCGGCUAGAUUGGGACAGCCUAAUGACUUCAAUGGACAUCCUGCAAACAUUUGAAGAGAACUGCUGUGUGAUGCGCUAUACGACUGCUGGCCAGCUCUGGAACAUCAUAGCACCAAGGGAGUUUGUUGAUUUCUCUUACACGACAAGCUAUGAAGAUGGGCUUCUAUCAUGUGGUAUAAGCCUGGACUAUGGAGAGGUGAGACCGAACUUUGUCCGUGGAUUCAAUCACCCUUGCGGUUGGUUCUGUGUCCCUCUCAAGGACUCCCCUGGCCACAGUCUUUUGACAGGCUACAUCCAGACUGAAUUGCGAGGGAUGCUACCACAAUCUGCUGUAGACACUGCCAUGUCUAGUACCCUGACCAAUUUCUACUCUGAUCUCAAAAAGGCACUCAAAACAUAGACUAACAGUGUCUUAAAAGCCCAUGCAUUCCUUGCAAUCAGAUUAUGUUGUUUAGCUUAGCAUAGUUUAUUUGAGGUGAGUAACAUUGUUCCUGAAUGACACCCGAACCUUUACGUGGAGGAUCCAAACAACUUUACCAAGUGCUUUUUGAUGUGAUACUCAGCAUACAUUCCCAGUGCACGGUGCGGGAUGCUUUUUGCUGUUCAGCACUCUGCACCUUAGCGAGGAAUAGCCUGAAUCUCUAAACGCCCAGCUUCCUCWGUAGAAGGCACAAGCUGUGUGUGUGGGCUUGAAAAAUGCACUGUAAGCUCAGCUCUCUCCAGCGGUAUUGGGAGCCAAGUUCUCAGGAGUUUGGUGAUGCAGGUUGCUGUAGAGGCAGCAUCUCAUCUCAUUGAAGAUGUAAUUAUAUUAAUAUAUAUAAAUGAAUAUAUUCAUAUUUACUUAAAUAUUGUGAUUUUUUAAGAAGUUUUUUCAGCUGCAUCUGUAAUUUGUUUUCAAAAUUUGCUUUGAUUUAUCAUAUGGAUAUUAUAUAGCUAGGUUGUUAAAUGAUUCUAUUCGUAAGAAAGCUGUUAACACUUGUAAGCAAAGAUUAAGUGUUCAUUAUUGGCAUUUCUUUUAAUGUUGUGACUUAUUUACUGUUGUAUAUAAUAGUCUCAGUGCAUAAUGAAAUGCCCUUACAGYUGAUUCAAGGCUCAUUUAAGUCAUCAGGUGUCUUUCCAUAGUUUUUUUGUGGGCUUUUAAUCACACAGUUGUCAAAAUAGCAAACUUACAAUGGAUCUUCAGUGAUACCCUGUACUUACAAAGGUUUUUUACUUACAUUUGCAUGUAAUAGUGUGUGUUUGUGGUUGGGGAUUUUUGGUUUGUGGUUUUUUUGAGUGUAUGUAUUUCUUCUUGAUCUGAAAAUCCUGGGAUUAUGAAAGCAACAGGAAGAGCCACUCGUUCAUUUCAUUUUCCUUUGACACUGGCCACUGUAGCUGAACUCCGAAUAGCAGGGACUUUACUUUCUCCUUGCUUAAGUAGAGAGGUAGAAAAAAACAAAUAUGGUGGGUGCUUUUUUAACCUGCUUCAUGUUUUCAGGUUAUCAAGUACUAUUUAAGACUGUUAAAAACAAUGCAUUAAAAAGCCUUUGGUGUCUUCAUGGGCAGAAGAUGUUAACUCCUUGUUGGUUCUGUAUAUUCUGCAGUUCUCUCUAAACUCCUGAGUUAGUCUUCCCACUUUUUUUCUACCUUYCUUGUAUCCGCCAGAGUAUUGGAAGCUCACGAGGUGAUCUACCACCAGGGACACCAAAUAAKUGCUGCCAGAAUCUUUUCCUUUCUAGUACUGUUACAGAGGCAAUUAAGAAAUCUCUGGCAGUGCUGCUCUGUGGGWUGAAUGAUGACAUAUGAUUGUAGAGGGAACUGAAGUGUAGCCUAUUGAUUCUUCCCAGUUACAAAGAUUACAUGUGCAGUGGAUCUGCAUAUUCGUGUCUUCCCUUUUUAGAGCUGCUGGGACUGAUUAAUGGAGGGAUUGUGAUACAGAUGUACAUAGAGCAAAAUAUUCCUUUCURUGUAAAAAACCUAGUUUAAAUCUGCACUUCAGUGCUGGAGARAUGGGUCAGAAGGAGCACAAGACACAGGAGAAUGUUUGUACAACACCAGGCACUGCAGAAAGGAUUGAGAGCCCCCGUUCCAAACACCCAUUUUAAUGGCUCUGACACAUCUACAGUAUCUAUCCUUAUUUAGUACACAGCGAAAUGGCUUUUUCUGCUUUCAGUAAAAAUAGGUUGGUGAAGCAUAGAGCAGCUGAAGAAAGAAGAACUUGAGMUUGAAAGUUAAAAAAUUGCUAGUGUAUUUUUGUGUGUUGAUAUUUCUAAUAAAAAUUUCAGUUCAGCUGUAGACUAAUACAGCACUAGAAGAAAGAUGUCCAAUUUCAAAUGUYGUAUUUAUUUGAACCCAAAAUUUAUAUUAUGUUUAUAUGGCUGUAGAUGGAGAAGGCAGAACUAUUCUUUUACCAGCGUACAUCAGAACCAAGAAAACCACAAUAUCAGAGCCUCUUCUGCUGUGGCAUUCUUCUCCUGAGUUAGUGGACAAUCUAGAURGAACCAAUAGAAUUAAUACAGGAAAGCAGUUGCAAGGACAAAGUGCCGGAACUCAUGUUUUGCUUAGGCAGAAGAAAUGGAGAUGACAAAUUGCUUGGUAUAGAUUUCUAUCACUUAAUGAGUGUUUUUGUUAAAGUGGAAUUUAUCCAGAAGUGACUUCUGACCAAAUUGCCCAAGAAUAGCAGAGAUCUUGUAUGUAUAUAGACACAUCAAAAUUAUUUUUAUAUGGCUAAUAUUUUUUUAAAAAACUUAUUUUUUAGAGGUUUAGGUAAUGUGACACUUUACUCUUUGGUACUUUAACUAGGUGCUCCGUGUGUGUAUGGGAAAGGUGACUGGAGUAAAGACUGUUUUCAUGUUUGGGUUCUGUUCCUCAUCUAAAACCUCCAGCACUAAACCUUGCCUGUAAGAUGUGCAAAAGAUACAGAGAUGGGGCUAAGUUCAAUUUAGGGGCAGUCCAAGUACUCUACCACAGUUUGCUGGGAAGUGGACCAGUACUUCAGAGAGAUACAAUGUCCACAGGCCCUGAUCUGAUGAACUUGUAAAUAUGAAACAUGAUGAACUUACAAAAUGCAGAGCCUGUAAUUCCUCCAGUAAUCAUAAGUAAUCAGAACAAUUUUGAUGAUGUGACCUGGUGGUUCAACCUAGGAGGUUCACUGCUGUAAAAAUAGCCCUAAUUCUAGUGUUACCAGUCAAGUUGUGCCUGUGUAUGGAAAGUAAAAGUUCUAACAGUGGGUUUAUCUUACUGUGUUCAGUAUUUAAGUGAUUGUAUUUGCAUUUUGAAUGCAYUUGCAGAAUAAAUUAGAAUUGUGAAUUCCAACAGAUUCAUGGUAUASCUUUUUCAAUACUUGUGCAACCAUAUGUGGCAUUUUUGGGGAUCUAUUUGUGAUGAUGUAGCUCAUCUUCAGCUGCAUGGUGAUCUCGAAUGACAUAAAUUUGAAGGCCAUAAAGUCUAUCUUUACUUACGAACUUGAUUUAGACUGAGAAAAAUGUCCAAUUUAAAUCUCUUGAAAGCUGUACAAAUAGGAUUUUCUCAAAGCUUCACUUCUAAAAAUAUAUAUACAGGGUUUUUUUUUGUGAUGACCCCAUGAUACUGAGGAAAGAAUUUUAUUAUUUUGGCUUAGUAUAACUUACCUUUUUAUAUGUUUAAGAAAUGAUCUAUUAACCAUAAACAUUUGCCUGAAACACAGGAGCUUCCUGGCAAAAGGCAUAUAGAUGUGUAUUAUGUGCUGCAACAUGUAUAUUGACAUUUAUUUAAUUAGCACCUGCAGCAACAAAAUCCCUGUAUCUUUUCUAGAACCUUCCCUUGUUUGUCUUAUAAAGCUGGCAUAAAGGCAGUAGACUUCUGUAGCUUUCGACUUCAGUGGAAGGAGUUGUAGCCCUCUUCUGUUGCUGUGAAAAGGAACUGUGACCUCUGAGAUGAUCUUGUAGGGCAUGUGUCAUGUCACCUUCUGCAGAAUGGGGGAGGCAUAUGUGCUGAGGCCACCUGGGAUCUUUGGAAAAUGAUUACAGAAACAUUAAUGUUCGAAGUAAUUUCCCAGUGAAAGAUAAUAGAAAGAGAGAGACGUAUUAAAUAUAUGGUAAAUAUUAAAUGUUCUCUAGGAAAGAGUGUAUCCUGAAGUCCUCAAUCACAAUUUAAACUUCGUAACAAAUUCUGCUUUUCCCAGUCCUCAUUGGGCUGAGCUGUUGACCCAGUUUUUACAGUUCAGGUAUGGCUUGCUUAUCAUGUGUACAACAUGUCGAAGGGAACAAGUGCUUGAAUUGCUGAGAAGGACAUCAUAACUACAAAACCCCAGGGCUUUUUAGAGAAGGCUGUGUCAGGCACCAACAGAAAUGCAGAAAAUAGGUAGUUAUGAGGCAGGAUCAUUAUGUUUAACUCCCCAGCUCUCCAAACUCAUGAAAAUUUCCUCUGACGUGUUCUUUCUUAUUUCCUGUUCUCUUGUUUAUCUCAAGCUCACUAUAAAGACAGUGUGUAAUAUCGUGCUGUAUCAAGCUCCCACUCAGCUGUUAGAUGCACUGUUUUUGAGGUCAGCCAAAAGCAGACAACGUUGAGCUCCAGGGGGAGCUCAGGGGAGCUCAGGAGUCCUCUCCUUUGGACUUUCUACUGCCUUUUUCCAUCCUGUUAUGAAGGUGUGACAAAGAUGACAUAAUGAAAGUAUAGUAAGACUGUGUGCCUUACAUUAGCUUGUGAAAAGAUUCAACAAGAUCCAUGGAAAUGCCAAAUUAGAUUUUUUUUUUUCUGGAGCACUGUUGCCAUGCAAAAUGACUUGGUAGAAUUUAUCAUAAUUUAUUUCUUACAUUGCUCCAGGAUGGAAGGUUUUGUAAAAUUGCCUACCACAAAAGGGUGGGAAGGGUCUUUGCAUUCAAGCAGUUUGCAAGACUAAGGAGUUGUAGGUGGCAGGAAUAACAAGAUGUGCCAGUACCAGGCAGGAAGGAACACUGAGGRUGACAGAUACAGGAAAAGAACAGACAAAUAAAAAACUGUUUGAACACCUCAGUCUUGCAGUGUUCCCCAUUCAGGUACUAUGUGCAGCUUUUGGCAACAUAGUUCAAAGAGUAGUCGACUAAAGGCAGGAAAUCCAUACUCAAGAAAAAAGAGUGGAAGACCUCUGGGAUAAGGGUUUGGUUUGUGAUGCUGAGAGAAGUAUGCUGAAUGAAGGGGCACUUUAAUAACCUUUGGAAAACAAAUCAGCAUAAUAGGAAAACUUUUAACUGCAACAAAAAGACUCAGGACUUUGUAAAACAUUUCCCAGUUAAAAACAGUAGCAGAACUAGAGUGCACAAGGAAGUGGUAAUUUCUUCAUCACUGGAGCUGUUUGACAAAAAGCAUCUAUCUCACAUAACCCACCCUGGGGCACAKGGGAAGCCUGGACAGCUCCUUGGUUCUGUUCACCACUAAUAACAGAUUUAAUUUGUUACUCAGCUGCUAACUUUAGAGGGAAAAUGAACAGGGGCAAUGCUGGGCCAAGCUGGAAUUCAUUCUAGACUUUGCAAUAUAAACAGUUCAUACCCACUGAUUACUCGUCUUCUAAUGAUGACUAUUGUUCCUUGCUCUGUGGCAAGCAUUAGCUUGCAGCAAAUAUUAGAUGUAAGCUUUUAUAGAUUUACUAGUUUAUUUAGCAUCAGAUCAGUCAUGCAAGUCACUUACUAAAAAUAGAUAUCCCAGUAUCAAACCAUAUCCUCAUGGCUUAUCAGCAUUCCCAUGCAAACAACACUAGCAGUCCCAUGUACAAUAUGUGGAAAUAACAAAACAGUAAUUAUUUUCUGGUUGAAAUUUCUCUCUGGUUCUCUUGCACAGUAUCAGGAAAGGUACUACACAAACAGGCUUKAUCAGAAGCAAAACGGUAUAGUCAAACAAGCAGUCCAUAAACAUCUAUUUAGUUUAUAUCUUUGCUAGUAGAAGAAAACAGUGUUGGCAGUGCAGGAUUUCUUACACAUUAAGCAGUAAAGUAAGGAGUCAAGAAUGCCGUACAUGGAGCUAAUUUGAGAGUCUAUAUCUAUAUUUAYAACAUUCUUUAUUGACAAGAGUCCAGCUGCCACCGCUCUGAGAUCAAUGAGCUUCUGCAACAGGCUUAUAAAAUACUUCGUGUUACUAAUCAAAGGCACCAUUUUUCUAUUUGUCUUGGAAACAUCAGCACUUACCCUAAUCGUGCAGCAUACACAAUUCCUGAAUUAAGAAAAGCACAAAAUUCCCUUCUUAUAGUCUGGUCCUCAUCCAGCCAGGAACCUCCAAAGGCCAAGCCAGACACAAGYCCUUGACAUACCACAUUUAUUCAGAUUAAAACCGGUUUAAGUUGAUGGAUGUGUAGCAGCCAGGCAGCCUCUGCCUAUCCCCUGGGCUUGCAAGAGUGUGGUGGUACAGCUCCUGGAGACUGACAGACUUCUUUCCCCASGAGAGACAGCCUCAGUGAUUCUUCCCUCCACCUACUCCCUCACAAGCUGGGCCAGCCACCGCUGUUGUUUUGCAAGACCAUCCUGUGGAUGAUGGACUUAGCAGUGCUGGGUUAACAGCGGGACUCCACGAUCUUUCCCAACCAAUCUUUUGCAAAGGUCUUUUCCAAACUGGUUCUAUGCUCCUAUGACUAGGGUUCACCCUCCACCUCUUCUUUCCUUCUCCCUGAGCAACUAAGCAUUUCAGAGGUAAUUUUCUCAAUACUGUAUUCUGAAAAAUAAAGCAAAAACCCCAAAACAACCCAGCUGGACCCCAAAACAAUGUCUGCUAGUGGAACAUUAAGUGAAAUUUCUGCUAUUUAAUCAGAAGCGUUAGCAUGACAUCUCAUGAGGAUGUGGUGUGAACAAGGAAAUGGUUCUUGUGUGCAACAUUAYUUCUAAUUACUUUCAGUAAAAAGUAUCUCAGUUUGUAAUUACUCUCUCCCUGCAACCAAGACAGUAAAGAUUUGAGCUGAGCAAACAAGGCACCAAUUGCUACACUGAGGGCAGUAAGUUGGUGGUGGCACCAGCUUGGGAUGCUAAGUAGGGUCCCAUGGAUCCCUGUCGUUCUCAAGAAAUACUUCUCAGAGAGGACGUUGCUGCAUCAGGAUUUAGGGGAUAUUUCAAAGACAUUUUUUUCUAAAUAUACAUACAGUCCAUUUGCUUAGUUUCAUGAAAUACUUACUGACAAACUUCAGUUUUCUGUAAAAGUCUACUUCAGGUCCUAUGGCAAGCUGAGGGAGAAGAGACUGGGGGACAUUAAUAGCACAAACAAUACAACUUUGAUGUCUUACAAGUGAAAAGAAAUGGGGGCAGUGGUAAGGUUUCUCCAUCCGGAGGAGGAUGUCAUUGGAUACAUUUGCACUACKUCCACAUCAUGGCUGUUGACGAUGUCAGGAAAAUAACAGAAAUCAAGGAACCUGAGAGUGCACAUUUAUAGAUACUUUUCACUCUAUCCCUUGUUGACACAAAGCUAAAGAGGAGCUCUCUUUGGUGUGUUCUCUAGCAGAGCUCUCCAGUGUGUUUGCUGUGGGCGUUYGUUGUUCAGUAUUACUCGGGGAUUUGUGUAGUUGUAGUCAUUCAUGCAAAUUUCACAUUUGUAAGUAAGAUCAUAUGCUUUGGGAUCUGAGGGCUGAUAGGAUAAUGCAUAUCCCUAUGCACAGUUCUGUGGAUGAAUAAAUAUGACUCAGUGGCUCCCUAGAACAUACUGUCUCUGGGACAGAUCACAUGGCAUUUGCAGCUCUAAAUCAAACCCAAUGCCUUGUCCUCAGCUUUCAAGUGACCAGAAUAGCUGCUUUGAGUCAUUUGACAUAAYAAUUUCAAUUAGAAGAACCACCUCAGACCCAUCCAACACAGGGAUAAGAAUUUCUGUUUUCUUAUUGAUGGACUUUCUCAGCUAUGUACUUCUGCAGAUACAGUGAUUGGCUCCGGAGUUUCCURUUACAAAGCAGAUCAUUAUUUACAGUUCCAGGCAUGGGACCGASUGUUCCAAACUGACUUUGCAGUUUCUCCUSCCAACAUUGUAAAUGGCAAUGCUGCAUAAAAUAUGAUUCUAAGUAUAUCAGUUCGUGCAAAGAAUGUUAAGGUCACUAGUCAGAACACACGUGAUAUUUUUCAGAGUUCCUAAGCCUGACUGGUUUCUUUGGAUUGAUCUAAACAAUGUCUUGUCCACAGAAGGACAAUGGUGCUGUUGGCAAAGGAGCUUCCUGGUGCUGCGGAGCAGAACCUGGCAUGGUGCUGUUUGUGCACCUCUUUGCUCUGACCCCCYCAUCCUGCGCCUACAGCAGCCCGGGUGCCUUCAUCUUCUCUUGGAAAAAUAACCCAAGAAGCCGGAUUAUUUUCUGUGUCUGUCUGGCAUUUGCUGUAUAUCACUAAGCUAUUUCUGUCAGCCAGGUAUAGGCUUUUAAGAAAGGAAUCUGAAGGUACCAGGAAACCAUGAGUCUGGGGAAUGGAGAGRGAAAGUAUGAACACCUCUCCCUGGGUUCUAACUGGCAGUGACAAAUCACACCAGGUGACUCGCAGAGAAAUGUGUAUACUUGACUGAUGAAACCCAGACUCCUCUGGGAGCAUAAGAGCAGGAGUGAAACCAUCCAAUGGAACCAAGGGCWACAGCAGAUUUGUCAGGGCAGAAAACCUGAAACCUGCCAAGUGUCAGAUGGCUCUUUAUUCUCUGACUGGCAGCUGAUAGCUCUUCCUAGGUACCCCUGGGCCAGGAAAAAAAAAGAUGAAGCACAAAGGGGAAGAAUAACAAUGAGCCAUUUACCCAUUAAUGUUAGUACUUUUUCUUGAAGUCAGAGUUUCAAAUGGAAAAUAAAGAAAUGAUCCCUUUCUUUUAAGCUCUGCUUUUUACAUAUCUUCCUAUGGGAGGAACUCUGCUAUUUUAUAGGGGAAGACCUGUGCUGUUUGAUAUACCUUGCCCAAUAAACACCUUCCUGAUGUACAAAUGAGGGGCCAGAUUGUCAGUUCUCAGUCACAUGUGCUGUGGAUAGAGCAUCACUAAACAGGGUCUCUGUGCAGUUUGGGGCAGUUGUAACUCAUCACAAAAUUCUGUGCUUGUGUUGUCACUCUGUUUCUACCCCUGUGCUGAGCACACAAAAUGACAAGAGCACUGAAGUAAUCUUUUUCCCARCCAUGUCUGGGAAGGAGCUAGAGCUGGGCAAAACUCUCUGCCACAGUAUUUGUUGUCUUUCAUGCCUUGAUAGGUAUUACUGAAUUUCAUCCAGCGAUGAUCUAUGUAUACAAGACUGUUAAUCAUUGUAGUUUCAGGUCCAGAUGAGUAAUGCUGUCCAGGGACAAAAGAUGGCUUAGAAGAUUGCUGCAACUUUUAGAUAUGGCUCUUAAAGAUUGUUCAGCAGUCUCUGCCUGUCAUUUGAUAAAUGUAUAUAUUUGUGUGUUCAUUUACAUAUUCGAAUUACGAUUUUACURCUAAAUUGAGAAUUGAGAAUUGAGAAUUCCAUUGUAUUCCUGCUUCUGUACUAUGCCUACUUCCAUAAUAUUUUGAAGUCUUCCAAUAAUAACUAAGUUUGUGACUGACUUCAUGUUCUUUUUUCCACUCUGGAGGGUUGGAGUAGGAUGAAAGUGUUUGCCGGAUUUUUAGUUACAUGCAUGUAUAUUGUUCUAUGCUUAUAUUAUUUAGAGGAUUCACACUCCAAGGAAUGCUCUUCACUGACUCUACUGCAAUCUUCACUGAAUUAGUCGAGGCAGGAUUUUUACCUUCCAGAUAUAAGGAAUCUGCAGUCUUGCCAGUAGAAGUUUACAUAUCUUCCAGAAUGAAGAUCAUAAAAGCAAGAAAUCACAGAAUGGGUAAGGCUGGAAGGGACCACUGGCAUGGUCAUCUGGUCCCAUCUCCCUGCCCAAUCCAGGUUUUCUACAGCACACUGCACAGGAUUGUUUUCAGGUUCUGGAAUAUCUUCAAUGAGGGAGACCCCAUAGUUUCUCUGAGUAGUCUGUCCCUGUGUGCGAUCAUCUGCACUGUAAAGAAAUUCUUCUUCAUGUUCAGGAGGAACUUCUUGGACAUCACUUUCUGCCCAUCCCUCUUUUCCUGUUGCUCAGCACCACAGAGCAGGGUGUUGUCCAACCUCUUGACGUCCUCCUUUCAGGUAUUCACAUAUAUUAAUGAGGUCCCUCUCUGUCUUCUCUUCUUGAGACUGAACAGGCCUUUCCUCAUAAAAGAURCUUCUGUCCCCUCAUCAUCUUUGUAAACCCUCUGCAAGUCUUGCGUAAGAAGUCUGUAUCUAGACUAGGCAAAUAUUUUACUCCUAUUUUUUCUUUUUCCCUUCCUUCUUUUCUUCUUAUUCUGCWGUGCAGCUGAUGUUUUUUGUUCAAUGAAACAGGAAAUUUUACAGGGGYUCCUCUGGAAAUUUUACAUAAAUUUCUUUAUACAAAAGAAAAAUGAACUGUCACUAUUUAUGUUCCAGCUGAAUUAACUCUGAUGGGGAGGAAAGGACAUUCUUUGAGCUGUAAUUGUUUUAUAAAGUAACUUUCAGGAUGUUCUGYCAGUCUCUUUGUUACCUUUGGUGUCUUCAAGACCUGUGUGUAUCCCUGCCACUGUGCCCUAGGUCUAACUGUAAAUGUUUCUUGGUCAGCCUCGGAUAUUUUUUGUUACAUGAAUGCCAUGCCUCCAUAAGCUAUGCACUCAACCUCAGCAGCARCAAGGCUGGCUCAGCCACACAAAACUGAAUUCUUCACCAAGAGGAACAGCUUCUGCACAAGCCUGGGGCCAAGGCAGUGUGCUGAGGCUUGUGUCUGCCAUUCUGUAGGCACACAAAGUGCAGGACACUCUGCAAGGAUCUGCAGGGAGUCCYCCAUUCCACACUUUCAUGUGCUGCUUUUAAAACCCCAGAGAUGACCAGGAUGUGAGCAGGAGCUGAGGGAUGGUUAUCUGGAAACAAGGGUUUAUUUUCCAGCACCCUGUUGCAUUUGCUGCUUGGCAGACAUUGCUGUCCUUCUGCUAAGUUGUACACUAAGAACUCCCAGUAUCAUCUUCCUUUCCCUGCUGCUGGGCAGGGAAAAUGUGGUGUUGUAUUCCUUCUCCUGUGGCUGCCAGCUGUGUCUGUGUUCCACUGGCAGUGUGAGUUGUAGGAGAAGGUGAUUUAUCUGGACAGGGCCUGGGCCUGGCUGCCUGUGAGCCACAGCCUCCUGCAGCCUGGGACUUGCUUCUGCUCUGAGCCRAUUCAAAAAAACAUUUUGGAUGUUGCAUUUAUACUGCUCUGCUACCACAGAGCUUUUCAGAGCAUUUUGCUUUAUUCACCAAGGUGAAGGAGCUGCUGGCCAGUUUUGUCACUCCUCAUGUCCAGCAGCCUGUUCACUUGUGGGGACAGAAUCCUUAGUACCCUUCUUCUGAAAAACCUGCCGUAUCAAAAGCUUUUGCCUUGAAGUUCUUUUGCAUUCAGAAUUUGGAUAACAGUGUGUCUGCCUCUUUACAACAUGUUUAUACAACAUAGAGUGCAAACUUCAGCCAACAAACCAGCACCAGGCUCAUGCAGUGCAAUCUACUCUGUCAUCUACAAAAUUGCAAACAAAAGUGCUUGAAAUUAUCAGAAAUCUGUUUUAUUUUGGUGGGAAACUKUCAGAACCUGGGAAAACCGUAUUGUAGUGCAAAUGCAGUACUUCCUUAGCCAUUCAACAGCCAUCUGAUCAUCAUCCCAGCUCUCAAAUAUUAGACUUUAAUUGGCUAAUGCUGCAAUCUGCCUUUAAAGGAAAACUUUUGCUAAGUUCAAAUACUUAAAAAGAUGGCAAGAUUCCCCCUUUUGUACUUGAAGAACUUUGUUAAUAUGUUAAUUUGUUAAUAUGUUAAAUAUUUUUUUUUUAAAUUAAAGCUUAGGAUUU